CGUCUUGCCAGUUGCCCGGUCCCCUGAUAUUGAUAUUUUUAAAUGUUCAAAUCUAUUUAAAUAGUUUUAAUACAACUUUAAUAUAUUUAUACAGAUACAUAUGACAAAUAUCAUAUGAUAACAUUCAUGGUAUGAAAAAUAGGUCAAAUAAAAUAAAGGAAUAUACAAGUUAGGUUAGCCGUAAGUCCACUGUUUGGUACUUGUGUUUUGAUAAACGGAAAGUGUUAUAUUAUGCGCGGUAAAGCAAGAGGAGGCCGUGGCCGUGGCCGUGGGAUCCGCGGUGGGGGCUUCUGGCGAUCCGGAGGCAACUCACGUGGCUACAUGGACCCCCAGCACAGAAUGAACUUCGGUAAUCGGGGACACAGCCAGAAUUGGGGCCAGCCAAAGCGUAGUGCUCCUAGUAAGAGGCUCUCUGAGCAAGCCAUUGGAGUCACCAAGUAUAUUAACGAGCAUGAAGGUUUUAAUGGAAUUAUUAAAGCUAGAUUUUCAGAUUUCCAAGUAUCAGAAAUAAAUGAACAGGGCAAGGUGGCAAAAUUAACUGAUCUCUCAAUACCAGAAAUUCCUAAUGUAGCUGAUGCAGUUGAUGAUGAGGACCUACUUCUCAACAAAUAUAACCCUGAGAUCUUACCAAUGGAGACUUGGGACAAGAUUAACAAAGUAGCUACAUCUACUGAAGCUGAUGUAGAGAAAGUUCAAGUGGAUGUAACAGGCAUGUCAAAAGAAGAGAGAACCCAAAUACAUGAUGCAGUUAAGAAGGCUUUUGGGGGAAGCAUAGUGGGAAGCACUGUGGCAGUAAAUGACAAGAAAUUUGUUACUUUUGACAAGUAUAGGAAAGGAGUUCGCAUAGACAACAGAGUGAAGUGGGUGUGGCCAGGAGAGUAUGUCUACUUUAUAGUCUACAAAGAGAACUGCGACACUAUGGAAGCUGCUUCGCGUAUCGCCGAACGUUUGAGAAUGCAUGUCAGACCUUCAAUACUUGGCUACGCCGGCACAAAGGACCGCCGUGCCAAAACCUCGCAAUGGUUCAGUUUGCGUAAGUUCGACCCAAGGAAGAUAGCCGCAGCCUGCAAGGACCUCAGAGACAUCCAGGUUGGCAACUACAGCUUCAGCGACACGCAUAUCGCGCUGGGGAUGCUGAAGGGCAAUCAGUUCCGCAUCUGUUUGCGCAACGUGACGGCGUCUGACGAGUGCGUGACGGCGGCGUGCGCGCUGCUCCAGGAGAAGGGCUACAUCAACUACUACGGGCAGCAGCGCUUCGGCACCAGGCUCGACCUGCCCACCUUCCUCAUAGGCCGGACACUGCUGCAAGGGAAUUUUAGGGAGGCAAUAAGGUACAUACUGAGCCCGCGGCCCGGCAGGAUAUCCCACGCGCUGCACCUGUACCACACGGUCAGCGCGCACGCGGCGGCGCAGGUGUUGCCGCGGGACGCGCCGCCCACCGAGGCGCGGCUGCUGCGGGCGCUGGCGCACAACGAGAACGACCUCGUCGGCGCCAUGGACCAGAUAGCGCGUAACGCUCGCUUGCUGUACAUCCACUCGUAUCAGUCGUGGGUGUGGAACCACGUGGCCUCCCAGCGCCUCAACAAGUUCGGCAAGGAGCCGGUGCCCGGAGACCUCGUCCCACUCGGCGAGGUGAGAGAUGAUGUUACAGAAGACGAUAAUAUAGAUGACGAAGAAAAUCUGAACGACGACGCAGAGCCAAGCGGCGCCGGAAAGAAUAACACAGACAAGAAACCAGACACAGACAAAAAAGACAAAACCACAAAUAAUAAAGCGAGUGUAUCCAAAACUAUGAUUCCUGUUAAGGUUCUGACCCAGGAGGAUUGCGAUAGUGGCAACUAUAGUAUAUUCGACGUGGUGCUGCCCUUGCCAGGGUACAGCGUCGUCUACCCGCCUAAUAUGAUAAACUUUUAUAGACACCUAUUGUCGAAAGAUGAGUUGAAAUUGGACAUGAAACAUAGAAUCAAGAGUUACAGUAUGAGUGGUGGGUACAGGCACAUAGUAGCCCGCCCCGCCGACGUGCAGUGGCGUUGCGUGCGCUAUUCCGAUCCCCACGCAGACCUCAUCCUAUCCGACCUGGACGAGAUUGAGGGCAUAACCAACACUGGGAUCAAUGAAGAUGGCGAAUAUAAAGCGCUUCUUCUGACCAUGUCGCUUCCCCCAAGUUCUUACGCUACCAUGGCUUUGAGAGAACUACUGAAGGUCGACACUUCAGGUGACAACCAAGCCUUACAAAACAACUAUCAUAAGAAACCCGAAACUGACAUAACUAAUCAACCCGUCAAAAAAGAAGAAAAAUCUGAAGAGUCGAGUGAAGAAUCUAAAGAAACCGGAGCGGAGAAAAGGAAGUUAGAUGACGAUGUACAGGAGGUAGAGGUCAAGAAAACCAAACCAUACGAUGAGUUAGAAUAAAACUAAUUUUAUUGUUAAA